UGUCAUGGCGUUUAAUGUAUGCCACGUCAGUUCUACGAUUUCAAAAUUUUAAACGAAUUUUAUUUUUAACUGCCGAAAUGUUAAUGUUUCAACAAUAUUUGUUGUUCAGCAACUAAUAAAGUACUGAAAAAUAUAAAGACUUUCUCAUUACGAUAUAAACGAUAUUAAGUUCACUCAAGGAGGUUUUCUGCACAGAGUCCAGAAAAAUCAACUGAAAAAAUAAUUUGCCAUUUUAUUUGCGACUGAUCGUUUACAGUAGACAUUGUUUCAGUUAUAAAGACAUAUAUCUUAUCAGGAACUGCAGUUUAGAACUUUUGGAGCUAAAAUAUAUUAAAAAAAGAAGAAAAACUUUACAAUGUUGUAUCUAGAAGAUUACCUAGAAAUGAUCGAACAUCUCCCUCAGGAAUUGAGGGAUAGAUUUACAGAAAUGCGUGAAAUGGACUUGCAAGUACACAAUGCAAUGGAUAAUUUAGAUGACAGAGUAAAACAGUUUUUCCCAAACGCUAAGAAACUAAAGCCUGCUGAAAGAGACGUUGAAUAUGAGAAAAUUCGGCAAGAUUAUUACAAGGCCUUAGAGGAUGCUGAUGAGAAAGUUCACAUAGCAAACCAGGUAUAUGAUUUAGUAGAACGAUAUUUACGUAGACUUGACCAAGAACUUCAGAAAUUCAAAAUGGAGCUUGAAGCUGACAAUGCUGGUAUAACAGAAAUUCUAGAAAAAAGGUCUCUUGAACUAGAUAACCCACCUCCCACUUCCAAUUCUCUUCCAACAAUUUUUUCUCGAAGUGAAAAAAGGAAACAUGGCCAAAUUUCUAUAACAUACACUCCAGAUAAACAGAUUGGAGCAGAAAAAGUGUUUUCUACUAUAGCAACCGAAGCUAUUAGGGAAACAAUAAGUGCAAAUAGGGUAACCUUGCCAGGCCAUUCACCUUCUUCCUCAUCAAGCAGCAGUAGCAGUUCAACCAGUUCAGCUCAGGAAAGGACACUAGUUUUAACGCCACAGACAAAGGGUACUUUUGGAGGAACAAAUGCUCUUGCAGCAGCAGCUUCACAGGCUAUUGCCGCCACACAGCAAUCUCUAAAGAGAGGUAAUUCUCAGAACCAGUCGAAUCUCAUUCAGCAAGGUCGGCGUACUGCUAGUCUGAAAGCUAGUUAUGAAGCUAUCAACUCCGGCCAAAAUCUUGGUAAAGAACUAACUUUAGGAAGUCGUGAAAUAAAUUCUGUAGCUACAAUUCCUACAAAUAUUGCUAGUACAAUUGCACUGCCUAGUGAACCUAAAACAAAAGUAAACAAGAAAGCUCGGACAAACCAAAUAGUUGUUCCAUCAGAACCACCAGCUAUGUUAGAUGAUUCUGAAGAUUCAUCUGCCAUAGAUGAAAGUAUUAACUCUGAAUGGAAUUAUGAUCCAAAUGAACCUAGGUAUUGUAUAUGCAACCAAGUAUCAUAUGGUGAUAUGGUUGCAUGUGAUCAUAAAGACUGUCCAUUUGAAUGGUUCCAUUAUCCAUGUGUAGGAAUUACUCAACCACCAAAAGGCAAGUGGUUUUGUCCGCAGUGCUCAUCUUCUAUGAAACGACGAAAUAGGAAAGAUAAAUAAAUGCAUUCCACUUAAAAACUAUUUACUAGAGCUUUAUUAUGUGAAAACUUAAAUUAGUAUUUUAAAACAUGCAAAUUUUGAAAAGCACAAGCAACCAAAGACCAUCUACAAUUGUUGUAGAAACAAAAAAACUAUUAUUAAUAUUUUAUUUCUGGAACAUUCAUGCUUCGAAACCUACUUCAAUUAUUGCUACAAUGAACUAUAUAUAUUUUUUUUAUCAACCAAACAUCCCCAUUAAAAAUUAUA